CUUCCUUCCCGCAGACGCAUGCGAGUCGCGCGAGUGUACGAUCACUGUUAACUCUCUGGUCUUUCCUCUAACGCGUAGUACGGGAUAUACGUGUUCACCGUUAUAAUUACGCUACCAGUGAAACUAAAAGAGUAUCUGAAAGCGAGUAUCUGAAAGCGAGGAAAUAUGACUAAUAUCAAUCCAGAGACCCUCAAGGUAUUCGGCUUCUGGGGCAGUAUAUUGGUCCUUAAGGUACUGGCGAUGUCGCCGUUAACGGCUCGCCAACGAUUUGCAAAACAGAUAUUCGCUAAUCCCGAAGAUGUUAGCUUAGCGAAGAACAGUAAAGCGAAAAUAGUAUACGAUGAUCCGGAUGUAGAGCGUGUACGAAGGGCGCAUUUAAACGACCUGGAGAACAUCGUGCCGUGGUUCAUCAUAACGUACAUCUGGUUAAGCACUGGGCCUUCGGUGGCGUUGGCGAAGAUACUGAUACGAACCUUCGCGCUUUCCCGAGUAGCUCAUACUUUGGCGUAUGUGAUUAUACAGCAACAGCCCACCAGAGUUAUAUCCUUCUUCAUUGCGUAUCUCAUUAUAGGAUACGAGGCGCUUGUCUCGUUAUUGCAUUAUUGCUAAUUUUAUACGCGAUUAUCAAGCGACGAUACAAAUAUCUAACAGGAAUGAUGAGUUUUAUAUAUGCGCACAAUCCAGCAGCACAAGCCAGUUGGCUAACUAUUUCCCAAUGUUGGCCGAACGUUGGGCAACGACGAGCCAACCGAUUUGCGCGGCUCGGGUAAUAACGAUGAUACUGCUUCUCGGAGAUUCGUAGGCGAAGUUCGUAACUAUUAAAACCGAAAACUGUCAUAUUCGUACGGAGCGUACAUAAUAUGUUCACGUAUGCUUCCCAAGAAAUACAUAAACGUACUUUAGAUAUCGCGAUGAAUUUCACAAGAGGGUGUUUCAAGGCGGUUUACAGAGUGUAAAAUCAUCAGAUGCAGUCCGACGUAUUUUCGGUGGAACAAAGCUAGUAUCAUAUAUAUAAACGCGUACUAUAUUGUAUAAGGCCAUUUCAGUGAAAUAUAUAAGCGGCAAAUGUUUACAACAA